AGGUAUGUUAGCCUAUAAUUCAUGAAAUCCUACAUACUAUUAACAAAAAGAGAAUACAUUGUUUGAUUACCCAAAAUAGAAGACAACUGUAGCUACCACGGCAACAGGGGCGUGACGGGCGUCUGUUCUUCUCAAGUCUCAGUCGCCUCCGCCAUCUCUGUCUGCGAUACCCUGAAGCCUCAAGGGUUUCGAUGAUCCGUUUUAGGGUUUUGGAUUAGGGAUUUGAAAGGUUUCUGUAUCGUUCUGGAGCUUUUGCUUUAACUUCUCAAUUCAAGGGUUCGCUGUUGGCUUCUGUUUAAACUUAAUUAAUGGCGGCCGCGGCCGAAAACCCUAGAAGUGCAGCCUCCAUUGCUCCCUCGAAACACUCGCAGAGCAGCAACUCAAAAAUUCCCUCUAUUCCGAGACCACAGCUGUUCUCUUCCUAUCAUGACAACGCAAAUAUCUCUCCGAGUGUGAAGAUUUUCUUUGAAAUCAUCUCCAAAAUCCCUGUUCCUGAACUUGAAGCCGCGUUAUCACACACCGGAAUUCCUCCGUUGCCAGAGCACGUUGAAGAGGUGCUGAAGUUCUGUUAUGGGUCUCCUGCAGCUGCUGUGAAGUUUUUUAGAUGGGCAGGCUUAACGAAGAAGCACACGACAUAUUCGUGGAAUCUGAUGGUUGACAUUCUUGGUAAGAAUCAACUCUUUGAGGAAAUGUGGGAUGCAAUUCGGUCGAUGAAGCAAGAAGGUGUGCUUUCAAUUGCCACCUUUGUCUCUGUAUUUGGCAGCUACUGUAAUGCCAACAAGAUCAGUGAAGCUGUGAUGACCUUUGAUGUUAUGGAUCGGUAUGGAAUCCAACCCGACGUGGUUGCUGUAAACUCUCUUCUCAGUGCAAUAUGCCGUGAAGAUAAUCAGACCCUGAAGGCACUUGAAUUUUUUGAGCGGACUAAGACAAAGAUUGCCCCAGAUGGGGACACAUUUGCGAUCUUGUUAGAAGGUUGGGAGAAGGAAGGCAAUGUUGCCAAGGCGAAGACCACUUUUGGAGAAAUGGUCAUUCGAGUUGGGUGGAGUCCGCAGAACAUGUCAGCUUAUGAUGCAUUCCUUACAACGCUUGUUCGUGGAGCUCAGGCUGAUGAAGCAAUCAAGUUUCUUAUGGUCAUGAAGGGGAAGAAUUGCCUCCCAGGUAUGAAAUUCUUUUCUAAUGCCCUUGAUAUCCUUAUUAGGCAGAAAAACCAUUGUCAUGCUGUGGCGUUAUGGGACAUCAUGGUGGGUAGCGGCUUGGUUCCCAAUUUGAUAAUGUACAAUGCGAUGAUUGGCCUGCUAUGCGACAGCAAUGACUUCGUCAAUGCCUUCCGUUUCCUUGACAACAUGGUCUUCCAUGGUGCCUUUCCUGAUUCCCUUUCCUAUAACAUGAUUUUCCAAUGUCUGAUUAAGAUCAAGAAGGGUCGUGAAGCAGCUAGCUUUUUCUUUGAGAUGACGAAGAACGAAUGGCCUCCAUCUCACUCUAACUGUGCUUCAGCCAUCAAGUUGUUCUUUGAUUGUGAUGAUCCUGAAUCGGCUAUUGAGGUGUGGAGUUACAUGAUUAAGAAUCAUGUAUCUCCAGUCGAUGAAAGCUCAAAUGCAUUGCUUGUUGGGCUUAUUGAUUUAGGUAGGGUGAAGGAAGUGAGGAGGUUUGCCGAUGAUAUGCUCGACGGAGGAAUUAAUAUCUCUGAGUCAACAAUGGCAAAGUUGAAAAGUGCAUUCUAUAAGGACGGGAGGAGCGGAAGAGAUAUGUAUGAUCGGAUUGCUAGGAGGUGGAAAGACCAUUAAGAUAACUU